CAUCACUCUUCAAUAAAUUCAGUGUGGGGCUACAGCUGUCAAAAUAAAAGAUUAAAAUAACAAAUGCACUGGUGCAUUAUGGGAUACUCUUCACAGAUCUGUGAUAAGAUAUUCAAGGUGUUACUUGUUACAUAUUCUGUUGACUGGUUCUUACAGAAACCGAAUCCUCUGUGUUUGUGUGUGUGUGAGAUCUGACCUGGAUCGGGUCGAAGGCCUGCCGUGUUCCCAUGCUUCCCUGUAUUAUAAAUCAUCUCCAGAGACGCAUCCGCUCUCUCCUGUUACAGUCCUGACGGAGCCACGCCUGCUCUCACACCGCUGUGUCACACACACAAACACAGAAGCUUCCCCCUGUUUUCUCUCGACUGUAUUAUUACUCAUGAUAUUCUGGGCCUAAUGAGGUCGCGGAGAAUGGAGAGAGAGAAAAAAGUUCAACUCCCAGCGGUCAAAUACACACAAACACACUCACGCAGGUGCAGGUAUAUAAGUGUAGGUCGUCAAGACAUCAGAGAUUUUUUCACACACUUGACCUGGACUAAAGGAAGAGCGAGAUGCUGUAUCGCUGGAACAUGGACAUCGUGAAGGUGUUGGUGUGUUUGUUUUUUGGCCAGUGUGCUUUAAUUCCCGGCUACCAUGCAGUAGAUCUUGGGUUACUGCCCAAUGACACCCAGGGACAAACGGGAUUUUCGGAGCCUGAUUUAUCCUAUUGUCAGAUGAUUCUGGAAGCUCCAGUUCCACCCACGGCGGACCAGGUUCCCUGGUUCUGCAUCUGCUCCGCUUGCUCCGGAAACCAAGGCCAGAAAGGAGACAGAGGUGACCGUGGACUGCCAGGAGUUCCUGGUAGUCAAGGUCCAAGAGGCCUCACUGGGCUUCCCGGCCGUCCAGGAUUCACAGGACGUCCUGGCAUAAAGGGUGAGAAAGGUGACGCAGGAGAUAAGGGUGACCUUGGGUACCCUGGAGUUUCAGGGCCAAAGGGAAGCAGGGGAUUCAAAGGUGAUAAGGGUGAACCUGGUCUGGAAGGUCCUUCAGGAGAACAGGGUCCAAAGGGAGAUGAUGGUCAAUGCCCAGAAACCUGUGAACCCUUACCUGGUCCGGCAGGUGAACCGGGUCUUCCUGGCCCUGCAGGUGCACGGGGGUUACCUGGGUUGAAUGGAGACCCUGGACAAAAAGGGUUGAAGGGCGAUCCGGGUCUGGUGGGAGAGCGUGGCCUUCCAGGUGUACCAGGGGAGAAGGGUGACCAAGGUCCACAGGGCCUGUGCAAUUGUAAGGAUGGGGCUCAAGGAGCCCCGGGUCAAACAGGUGAAAAGGGUGAGAAGGGAAACUUGGGUCCGACAGGGCAGCAGGGUGCAACUGGAACCAGAGGACCUAAGGGUGAUCAGGGAGAAAUGGGAAUGAUUGGUAUGCCCGGACCUUGCUCACCCAUUGUGCAAUCUACUUUCUCUGCCGCUUUACUCACCUCCUUUCCUGUACCAAGCCGCCCAGUGCCUUUCAAACGUGUCAUCUACAACUUAAACCAGAACUACAACCCUGAUAAUGGCGUCUACACCGCCCCGGUUAACGGAACCUACGUGUUUAGCUACCAUCUGCAGGUGUCCACCCGUAUGCUAAAGGUCGGACUCUUCCGCAACUUCGAGGCUGUAGUGAGGACAACUACGCCAGUAGACAUGAACACCGCGUCUCAGCAGGUGGUGCUGAGUCUGAGCCAGGGUGACUGGGUGUGGGUACAGGUGAAAGACACCACCACUAAUGGCAUGUUCACCGGCUCCGAGUCCAGCAGCACAUUCAGCGGGUUUUUGUUGUACCCAGACAGAUGUGAUGACAUGUUUGGAAGAGAUUUCAUUGAUAAUCAGUUCCCUGAUAAAGAUAUUCCAUGGGAAUCUCCUACUCCCUAAACUGUUAACCUACAUCCAACAUUGUAAACCUUCACCC